AUGGGCAAGCCUAAGGAGGAGAAGAAGGCCAAGACCCCCAAGGAGCCAGUUACCCGCGAUUACACCAUCCACCUGCACAAGCACAUGCAAAAGAUCUCCUUCAAGAAGCGCGCUCCCCGGGCCGUGCGGGUCGUCCGCCUCUUUGCCAGCAAGGUGAUGGCGACCAAGGAUGUGCGCAUCGACACCAAGCUGAACAAGUUCCUGUGGAGCAACGGCAUCCGCAACGUUCCUCGCCGUGUGCGCGUUCGGCUCUCACGGAAGCGCAACGAGGAUGAAGAUGCCAAAGAGAAGAUGUUCACUUUGAUCCAGCACGUGCCGGUGGAGAGCUUCAAGGGUCUGCAGACGGAGAACGUCAGGGAUGAGUGA